AUGGCAGCUGUUACCCCACAGAAAAGGAGCCGUAGUUCUACUGAUACCGAGGGUUCAUCCUUAGCCUUUGAGAAUCCUGUGAAAAAAAUGAUAGGCUUUGCAGAAGGUCUAUCUACACUCAAGAAAUCAAGAAACAGUUGGUUUGCUUCUCAAAUAAAAUGGUCAUCUAGUUCCAGUGAUGAGAUGAAAGAAAAUGAGGCUGUCCUGGGAAAGCCAGCGCUGUCGAGGAGGCUGGAUAUUUCACCCUUUCAGGCAGACAGUGUUCCCACAGCCGCGCAGAGGGAGUCCUUAAGGAAAAUAUCCCCAAAGACCGCUUCCUUGUACAAGCCCCUCAUGCCUGCCGUGUCUUUUUAUAGCAAAGAAAAGCGAUACCUAACUACUCUAGAGAGGAAACAACUGAAUGAGAACCGCUUUUUGGGUGAGAGGAACAGGGAUGAAAAUCUCCCAGCUGCCAGCAGGACUGAGAAGAUGAAUGUGAACUUGAGCAGGAAUACAAGCUCCAAGCCAACCAAGCACUUAACAAACUCCAAGCAGGGCAAAACUGUCCCCAAAACGCUUAAGAAGGCAAAGAGAGAGAUACCAGUGGGAAAACCCAGUGUGGAGAAAGAGAAUAAAAGCAAGAAGGCGAAAGAACUCUGCAAGUGCACUACAGAUCAGAUGAUCAUUGACGCUGGGCAGAAGCAUUUUGGUGCUAUAGUUUGCAAGUCAUGCGGCAUGAUCUACACGGCCGCUAGCCCGGAGGAUGAAGCCCAGCACAUCCAGCACCACGAGAGAUUCCUCGAGGGACUCAGAUAUGUGGGUUGGAAGAAAGAACGGGUUGUGGCAGAGUUCUGGGAUGGGAAAAUUGUAUUGAUUCUUCCAGAUGACCCGAAAUAUGCUGUCAAGAAGGCAGAAGAUGUGCGAGAAAUUGUAGAUAAUGAAUUAGGAUUUAAGCAAGUUUCUUUGAGCUGCCCAGCCAAGACUAAAAUAUACUUGUUUGUGUCCAAUGAGAAGAUGAUUGUUGGGUGCUUAGUGGCUGAAUCAAUCAAGCAGGAGUCGGAUAAAGCAGCCGGCUGUUUGCGGUGCGCCGAUAGCUCUGCGCUCUCUUUCAGGAGCACGUUCAUGUACGGCUGCUACCUGAGCACCAAGGAAAUCGCCUUCUCCGACCCAACGCCGGACGGCAAGCUGUUUGCAAUGAAAUACUGCCAGACCCCUAACUUCCUUGUUUACAAUUUUAUUUAUAACAACUGA